UUGUUGAGGUCUUUCUUUUUCUCAUUGCUUCGGGCGCGGCCAGUACAUAAUCCUGGUUUCCCCGCAGAAGAUAACUGUAAUCCCUUCGACAACCAUUCCUUUUCGCCAUCUUCUCAUCACUUCAAAGUUCGUAUCAUCAAACCGCGUUCACCUUUCGAUCUCAGUUAACUCUUAACUUCAAGACAAUCAAUUGAAAUGCCUACAAUCACCUCUGGUGGAUUAUUUAGCAAUCAAGCUCGUAGCAAGAAACCAGAAUUCUCUGAAUUGAUUUGGUCUGGACAACAGUUACUACACCAACAAACCACACAAAAUCAAUCUGCUGAAUCUUCGAAAGAACUUGUGAAACGUAACACUGCUGGUUCAGUGGCCUCUAGUGAAUGUGGUUCUGAUGACGAAUCACGAGUUCAAUCUACUUGAAUCCGAUUGGCCCAAUUCCUUAUCACAACAUCCUUUCGAUUUCUCGGGCCUUGUCCCAUUAUUUUCUAUGUAAACUACCCAACUCAAGUUAUCAUCCUUAUCUGCUUACAGAAUUCUAGAGUUUGUCUUCGUACCUUUUCUGCUGCUGCUUAUUUAUUGCCCACUUGGUAGUGAUCGAGAUACCAGAUAGCUCUAUAUUAGACUUAUCAGACUCGUCCUUUUUGUGGUAUUUUCAACUUGUC